AGCAAGAAUACCCAGUUCUCUGGAAAGAGAUAGUGAUAGAGUACAGAAUUUGCUUACUGAAGGUCCAUGGGCUCUGAAAAAACCACAUUCCCAUGUGAUAGGUGGCUAGCAAAAUCUGAAGAUGAUGGUGAGAUUAUGAGAGAGCUCGUUCCAUCCAACGUCUUUACUGAAAAACUCCUGAAAGAUGGGACACUCAAGCAGAUUGAUGAAGCAAUCGAUGAUCCACUGGAAAUGCAGACGUACAAGGUUAGUGUUUACACCGGGGAUAUUCCUGGUGCCGGGACUGAUGCUAAUGUGUUCCUGACUAUCUAUGGAGACCUUGGAGAUACAGGGGAGAGAAAACUCAGCAGCUCUGAACUGAACACCAACAAAUUUGAAAGAGGACAGGAGGAUAAAUUCACUAUGCAGGCUGUAGACCUUGGCAUUCUCUACAAGAUCCACAUUCGCCAUGACAACACCAUGCUAAGGCCCGACUGGUUUCUGGAGAAAGUUGAGAUCCUCAACUAUGACACAGAAGACUUCUACUUGUUCCAGUGUGAACGCUGGCUGUCACUGAAGAAGGAGGACAAAAAGAUAGAGCGGAUACUUUUUGAAAAAUACUAUGAACCUGACCACAAAAGUCUUGGUGAUGCAUCCCUGAACAAGGACAGCAAUGCAAAUGUGAAGGAUAAGAAAAACGGCAGCUUGGAUGGAUCUAUUCCCGAAGGACCAUUAAUUCCUUACCACGUAAUCAUCACCACAGGUGCCGAGUUUGACUCGGACACUGACAGUCGUGUUUAUGUCAUCAUUACGGGCCCUCAGAAACUUACAACAGGCCGGCUAUGGAUGGAUCUUCCAGAAGGAAAGGAUGAGUUCGCAGAUGCCUCUGUAGAGAAGUUCUCUGUCAUGGGACUGGAUGUUGACGAAGUGAAAAAAGUGGAGGUAGGUCAUGAUGGUGCCACGCCAGAAAGCUCCUGGCUCUUGGAAGAAAUAACCAUCAUUGUGCCAACGAAAGGGGUCAUGUACACCUUUGUCUGUAAAAGUUGGCUGGCCAGGGACAAGGGAGAUGGCCUCACCUGGCGUGUCUUUGACAUCUUGGAUGCUGACUGCGUUUUCAUUGGUCUGAAGAUUCUCUAUGAAGUGACCGUCGUGACCGGAGAUAUCUCAUAUGGUGGAACUGAUGCCACUAUUUAUAUAACACUCUUUGGACGCAACGGAUGCACUGAAGAGAUACAGAUGGAAAAAGAUGGAGUCAGAUUUGAGAUUGGUCAAAAGGAUACUUUCAUCAUGGAGAUUCCUGACAUUGCACCACUGAGGAAGAUGAGGAUACAGAGUGAUGGAGAGGGCUGUCGCCCAGAUUGGUUUCUGGAACAGAUCAUCAUGAAGAAUCUGACAACUCAAGAAGUGACUGUGUUUACCUACAAUGACUGGCUUUCCACACAGUGGGGUGACAAAAAGACUCUGGAGUGGGAGAUGCCCGCUAUGAUCAAUGGGGAGCAGAUGAUGGAUUAUACCACAUACACCAUUCAAGUCAAGACCAGCGACAUUGGAAAGGCUGGAACAGAUGCCAAUGUGUGGAUUGCCAUCUUUGGAGAGAAUGGGGACACUGGAACUUUAGCUCUGAAGGAGUCGAACAGGAAGAACAAGUUCGAAAGGGACCAGCUGGAUGUUUUCUAUUUCUCCGAUGUGCUCAGUCUUGGGGAACUCUGCAAGGUGCGCAUCUGGCAUGACAACAAAGGAAUUGGACCUGGCUGGCACUUGGAAUUCAUAGACGUAGAAGACUCCCUCAUGGAUAAGAUGUUCCGUUUCCAGUGCGACCGCUGGCUGGCAAAGGACGAAGAUGAUGGGCAGACCAUACGAGAACUGGCGUGUGCCAAUAAUGACAUCCUGGAACUGAAGGAGCGCACCACUUAUGAGGUCAUGGCCAUCACCAGCGACAGGGAGGAUGCAGAAACAAAGGAUAACAUCUCUAUUAUUCUGGAGGGGAAGAAGGGGCGGUCCAAAGAGUUCCUUCUGGAGAACUCCUCCAAAACCAAGAGAUUUUUAAGAGGAGCAACAGACGUGUUUGAGUUUUCUUCCAAGAAUGUCGGUGAUAUUGCAGCCAUCUGUGUCACUCACUGUCCAAAAGACAAGAAGAGGUCAAGCUCAAAAGUAGAAGUCUACUGGCACGUUCAGGAGAUAAUCAUUACAGAAAUGGAACUUAACAACAAGUAUUACUUCAGGUGCAACUCGAAAAUUCCACUACGUGGAAAGAAGGGUGAACCCAAAGCCUUUGAGUGUGCCAAGAUGGAAGAGAGUUUUGCCAGCAAAGCUCGGAGUUUGGUGCCAGUCAAAUAUGAGGUCAUUGUCGUGACAGGGUUUGAGAAGGGAGCAGGUACCGAUGCCAAUGUCCUCAUCACCAUUUUUGGAGUGAACGGGGAUUCCGGCAAGCGAGAACUUAAACAGAAGUACCGCAAUCUCUUUGAACGUGGUAGCACUGAUCGGUUUUACCUGGAAAUUCUUGAACUUGGGGAGCUGAGAAAGGUUCGAGUCGAGCAUGACAAUACUGGGCUCUCAUCUGGAUGGCUGGUGGAGCGGGUUGAGAUCACCAACUCGGCUACCGGUGUAACCACGAACUUCCCUUGUGGGAAAUGGCUGGAUGAGAACAGAGGGGAUGGGCUGCUGUGGAGAGAACUGUUCCCAAGGAAUUGAUGGCUGCUUUUUCAACUUUAAAUAUAUCAAAACACUUAAGCCUGCUCUGGCACUGGACUUUUUAAGCCUAGGUUUCUAUCCUUUUUCUUUUCCAUUGUGAAUAGACUUUCCAAACAUACCGUCUUUUGGGCUAAAAUGAAAAUCUAUGUCAAUCCACUUGUUUUCAUCUCAGAAGACUUCUGAUAUAGAAUUCUGAUGAUUUAGUAUUUUCCAAAAAUAUGUGUCUGUCUGUUAAAAUGUCAAUUUCUUUUUUUAAAAAAACCCUCAUUUUUUCAAAAAAGGGACAUUUUGCAAAAUGACCCUGACCAGCCCCAGAAUAGGUUUCUACUCACUUCACUUGCCUUUGUUUAGUCUGUUCGCUAUCAAGCCUUUUUAAGAUAGUUUAUUUCCAGAACUGUAAAAACAUGCUUGAUAGUUUUUAAUAAAGUUUUAAUAAAUA